AUGAUGAUAUCAGACACUCAUUCCUUCCUCUCUUUAGCUACCUUGCACCUAUCUAGUAGUAAUGUACUCCACCCAUCAGCAUGUAACCCAGUCAUGGACCUCGUCGUCCUUCUCUCUUCCCCGCCUUCCCCGUCGCCUUUGUCCCUCAAAGGGAAGGAAAAGCAAGUUUCUGUGGAAAAGACCAAAGUGAGCCUGUGGAGAAUGACGGGUAGUAAAGUGUGGGAGGUGCAGACAGAGGGUCGAAUCUUUGGCCUUGUAUGGAGCUUGGACGGAUUGCAUCUUUCCCUCUUGACAGUCCGAGUAGAAGAUUAUUCCACAAAGGUCCAUCAUCUGUCAGUCCAUGAUGGUAGGACUGAGCGGGUGGUACUCAUCGGAUCUCUUCAGGCCUCCGCGGAGGAGAAGGAGGAGCUGGAGGAUGGAAAUAGGUGGUGGGACAUGACAUGGACUUGCGAGGAUGGCAGAUCAGAUUGGCCUGCGGAUAAACCGGGGUCAAGCUUGAUGAUGAUUGGGUCUCUGCCAAGGGUGACUCCUGUUCAACCUCCAAAACCACAAAACGUCUUACCUUUCAUGCUGGUCAAACCUAUCGUUGACCCUUCUACUCUGGGCCCUCAUCAUAAACUUGACACCUUCCCGGCACUCUUACCUUCUCAGACCCCCAUCCCACCUGACAUCCUUCACCUCGUAUCUCCAAAAGGCACAUGUCAAAUCGCCUUACUAACCGGAACUUUCCCCGUACCCUUUGGUUCUUCAUCAGGAAGGUUACUGCUUCUGGCGCGGAUAUCGGAUAAGAUGGCACAACUGCUGGAUGUCGUAUUGAAAGGUGUCGAAGCUGCUGAAGCUUCUUUCAGAGAUGCCGAGAAGCAGACUGUCAUCUGGAGGGAAGAGCUCGAAAUAUGUGGUGAUCAACAAGGAAGUGAACACGGAGCUGCCAUUGGUGACUGGCUCGGCAAUCGGCUCACCGGAAGGACAGUGACGAAGUGGGAGAUGUCCGCUCUCACUGGAUUCAAAGCCAUUGGGAAGGUCAUCUCGGAGAGUAUCACCCCUGCUCUGGAAUACCUCAUCUUGCUCCUUGAAGAGCUCCGAGGAUGGUCUUUACUUCCCUCAUCCGAGAUAGAUAAGACUAGCGUCAUUCGAACUUUGGACGCGGCCAGCGGAAUGACCGUUCUUGUGGAGCGUAUAAGACAGGAGGCGGAGGCGGAGAUGCUGGCUUCGGCGGAUUUUAUCAAGUGGCUGAAGUAUGAGAUCGCCCGGACCACUUCGCACGAUCCCAAUACGGACACCCUCCCUUCAACCACAUAUGACGUCAAAACCGUUUGGUCGUUCCUUACUCAUGGGUUCUUAGGGUCUACUCUUUCCCCCUACUUCCCCCAAGGAGCGACCAAACUUUCCGAUCCUCUACCUGUCGAGGCAUCAACGCAAUCGUCGGUUUCCUCAACCUCUCUGAAGGAUGUGCUCAAAACUACCCUUCAAGGACUCUCUCAUCACCCAGAGGGAUCGGCAGGCAUCUUUGCCUCACCUCCUAUGCCACAAGAAGAGUCAUUCACUUCUUCCCACAUUUUGUCAUCGCCAGAACCAACACCAGCCGAAGCAGAAAUCUCCACUAGGGCGUCUUCACCGGAUUCGAUCGACCCUGAAAACAGACGGCAGGAAGGCGAGGAGGUGAUCGAGCGGGAGAUUGAGUCAGAACCUUGGAUAUGGGCUACAAGUCUCGUUGAGAGGUGUGAGGGAUUGAUAAGAAGCGCUGUAGAGGCUAAAUCUGGUCCUUUAAGAUCCACAAAGAAGUGGCAGGAUCCAGGAGGAAAUGUUUUGCUCACUUUCAGGGUGAUCGGAGAUACGACCUGGAUAUGCCUAGUCCCUCGUCCACGCUCAGUAGUUUGGCUAGUGGCCAUAGCUCCCGAUGGGUCAUGUAGAGCCACCGCCUUCAGGAUGUCCGAUACCGAGCAGAGACUUUCUUGCUUGGCCCUGGAUUUCUUCGACGACACCGAAUUGGUCUUGCUCCUUGCUAACAGAGGCGGCGAGUCACAACGAUACCUCGCUACCAUGGAGUAUCCGGGGUUGGAAGAGUCAUUAGCUCCAGUUCCUCCAGGCCGCACACUUUCCGACCUGGCCAACUUACAUCUGGACCCCACAGCGUUGGCCGUUAUACCAUUGGCAAGGUGUAGACCUCUCGACAUGACGGCCGUGGCAGAAGAGGAAGAGGAGAGACCGGCUUUGGCACUGAAUGGUCGACAGGGUAGAAGAGUCGGUUGCGUGAGUAUGGGCGAUGGGAGGAUUGUACAGGUUUUUGACAUGGACGAGGAUGAAGGUGAGGACGAGGAAGAAGAAGAGGACGCAGAUAUGGAUGAUUGA